AGAAGGAGAGGAGAGAGGAGGAGAAACCUCCAUAGCAACAAACACACCGGCUGCACGGCAUCUUCACCGCAGGGAGGGGGGGAAGCUAAACCGGGCCGGCAGAGACUCCUCCUCCAGACGGGUCGGGACCAGGACCAGGACCAGGACCAGGACCAGAACCUUGACCUUAGCGAUAGACGAGGACUCACCUUUGGCCAUUUGAUUGGAUUCACCUUUGGCCGUUUCUCACCGCCGGGUUCCCCGGGGAUCCUGUUUCCGGGAUGUUUCGGGGCCGUACUUGGGUUGGACUCUCGCUGGGGUCCCAGCAGAACCGCUGACGGUCCGGCUGGACUAACCGGACCAGAACCUGUAGACACGACCUCUUCCCGGGGAUUUAAUCCACUGAUUAAUCCGUGUCUUUAGGCACCGGAACGUUGGGGUUCCAGCUACUUUUGGGAACUUUUACGGAGUUUAAAAGGUUUUUCUUGUGGUUUUUGGGUGGAAUUCCCAACGUAUCGGUACCGGAGAGGCUGGUACCUGGACCCUGAACCGGUUCUGCUUCUGGAACAUGAGCGUUGACUUGCAGAGACCCGAGAUCUGAACCCCCGGCCCGACCCCGACCCCACCAUGUCUCUGAGCAAGAGCCUGGAGCUGGAGCACUUCGACGAGCGGGACAAGGCCCGGCGCGGCCGCUCGGCCCGGGCCCGGCGGGACGACUCGGCCGGCAGCGGCGGCCCGGGAUCCGGGCCCAGUUCCCGGGGCAGCAGCCUGGUCCCCAGUCCGGCCCACAGCACCAACUGCAGCUACUACCGGACCCGCACGCUGCAGGCCCUCACCUCCGAGAAACGGGCCAAGAAGGUGCGGUUCUUCCGCAACGGCGACCGCUACUUCAAGGGCCUGGUGUACGCCGUGUCCAGCGACCGGUUCCGGUCCUACGACGCGCUGCUCAUGGAGCUCACGCGCUCGCUGGCCGACAACCAGCACCUGCCGCAGGGAGUCCGGACCAUCUACACCACCGACGGAAACCGCAAGAUCACCAGCAUGGACGAGCUGGUGGAAGGCGAGAGCUACGUCUGCGCCUCCAACGAGCCGUACCGGAAGGUGGACUACACCAAGAUCUCCACCCCCAGCUGGAAACCCGGGGCCGGGGCCGGUGGCGCUAGCGCUAGCGCUGGCGGUGGGGCGGCCCGGGCCCCGACGGCGUCGGCCGGCGUUUCCACCGGGGGAAACGCCGAUCGGGGGGUGGAGAGCCGCGAGGCCCGCGAGGGGCGCGAGGGCCGCGACAGCAAGGACUUCAUCAAGCCCAAGCUGGUGACGGUGAUCCGCAGCGGCGUGAAGCCGCGCAAGGCCGUCAGGAUCCUGCUCAACAAGAAGACGGCCCACUCCUUCCAGCAGGUGCUGGCCGACAUCACGGAGGCCAUCAAGCUGGACUCGGGCGCCGUCAAGAGGAUCUACACGCUGGACGGGAAGCAGCUGACGUGUCUGCAGGAUUUCUUCGUGGACGACGACGUCUUCAUGGCCUGCGGGCCGGAGAAGUUCCGCUACGCCCAGGACGACUUCGUCCUCACGCACACGGUCAAGACCACGACCUUCGUCAACGAGUGCAAAGCCAAGGCGUCUCGAGGCCCCGCCCCCCCGAAAACUCCCAAGACCCCCGGCGUCCCCGGCUCCUCCUGCAGGACUCCGGCCAAGGGCCCGUCCAGGACCAAGUCCCCGGGCCCAGCCGAGAGUCAGCCGGCCGGCAGGUCCGGAUCCGGUUCCAGGUCCAGGUCCAGGUCCAGCCAGUCCCCCACCAGCCCCGGGACCCGGCGCCGCCUCAAGGUUUCUCCUGGCCGUCCGUCCUGCCCCGACCUGAACGGAGAGACGGAGCAGGAGGACCACGAUGUUGAAGUGAACGGGAACCGCUCGGUUUCCUCGUCCGUCAUCAACGACAAGUACAAGGUGGGGAAGGUGAUCGGGGACGGGAACUUUGCCGUGGUGAAGGAGUGUGUGGAGAGGUCCUCGGGUCAGGAGUUCGCCCUGAAGAUCAUCGAUAAGGCGCGCUGCUGUGGAAAGGAGCACCUGAUAGAGAACGAGGUGUCGGUCCUGAGGAGGGUUCGUCAUCCCUCCAUCAUCCAGCUGGUGGAGGUGGACGAGACUCCGUCCCAGCUGUUCCUGGUCAUGGAGCUGGUGAAGGGCGGGGACCUGUUUGACGCCAUCACCUCGUCCACCAAGUACAGCGAACGAGACGCCAGCGCGAUGGUUUUCAACCUGGCCGGGGCCGUGCAGUACCUGCACCAGAGGAAGAUCGUGCACCGGGACAUCAAACCGGAGAACCUGCUGGUAUGUGAAUAUCCUGACGGCACCAAGUCCCUGAAACUGGGAGACUUUGGUUUAGCGACGGUGGUGGACGGACCGUUGUUCACCGUGUGUGGGACGCCCACGUACGUGGCCCCGGAGAUCAUCGCUGAGACCGGGUACGGGCUGAAGGUCGACAUCUGGGCGGCCGGAGUCAUCACCUACAUCCUGCUGUGUGGGUUCCCCCCGUUCAGAAGCGAGAACAACGUCCAGGAGGAAUUGUUCGACCAGAUCCUCCGGGGGAAGCUGGAGUUCCCGUCUCCGGACUGGGACGCCGUCAGCCUGCCGGCCAAGAUGCUGAUCAGUCAGAUGCUGCAGGUGAACGUUGACGCCCGUUUCACCGCCGAGGAGGUUCUGUCGCACCCGUGGGUGACGGACGAGGCUCCGGCGGAGUCCAGCGGUGGGGAGGCCCCGGGACCAGAGCAAGAGGCCCCGGGAUCAGGGGCCCCGAAACCAGGGGCCCCGGGACCAGAGCAGGAGGCCCCGGGACCAGAGCAGGUGGCUCCGGGACCAGGGACUCUGGGACCAGAGGCCCUGGGACCAGGGGCCCCGGGACCAGAGCAGGAGGCUCCGGGACCAGGGGGACCAUGGGCCCCGGGACCAGGGGCCCCGGCCCUGGAGUCUCCGGCCCUGGAGACCAAGCAGGUUCCCUCCCCCCUGGUCUAGAACCCCCUCAUUGGCCGGAAACUGGACACUGGAAAGACCAGGAUGGACGAGGAACCAGUUUGGAGGAAAACCUGAUCCAGUUUGGAGGAAAACCUGAUCCUGAUAGGGAGAGGACUGAUAAGAGUCUUCAUUAAUGUCCUGCUGGAAAACCAACCAGCCCCCUCCUCCUUGUUAUUCCGGGAUGUGACCUGUUUCUGAAUUCUGUUCCGGAAUGGCCAUUUUCAUUCAGAAUUAGGUGUUUACAUGGUAGUUUUUACUCAUUUUAAAUCAGAUUUAAUUUCAAUUCUGAAUUAAAGAGGAAUUAAACGUCCCAUGUAAACGCAGUGAUUAAGCUCGUCGUUUUAGUUUUUUCUACGAAUCUUUGCUUUGAUGCACUUUUUAUUUGGGGAAACGGCAGCAGACAUAGCGCCGAUCAACUCCACCGGAAAACGUCUGGAAAUGUCUGAAAAAGUUAAAUAUCCUCAAUGGAAAAGCCGUUUCCGGGUUUAACUUUAGGAAAAUAAGACUCGGCUAUAUCGUUCUCCUGGCGUACGACAUUUCCAGCGACUGCACCUUCUCGGGUCAUAGAGACGGCCCAGAAUCUUCCAAGCUCUUCCUGUUUUUCAAACACAAAGUAAGCAA